GUCCCUUCCACCAUUUGUAGCUAGAGGUAAACGGUGACGCUAACCUGCGGCUCGAUAUGGAGCCCCUAGCUGCCAGCUCCAACCAAUCAUGCCUCUUACCCUCACAACCAAGUCCACUAAAUAGGCUCUCACGGAACUCAAUCUCAUUGUUUAGCCUCAUAGAUCUAGAUAAUCGCAUCACCUCAUACAUCUAGCUCAAUCUUUUCCUAUGACAAUAGGACAGUAGUAACCGAACCAAUUGAACACGAGACAAACAAAGACGACUGAGUACGGAGGCAAUUGUAUCCUGUGGUACUCGUAUACCUAACGAUUCUCAUCUGGCCUACGCGAUGACCUCAUCACCAUGCGCCCCACCAAAGCCUUAGAGAGCGAAGAUACCAAGGAGGCCCAGUGGGAGGCGGCGCGGGGCGCAGCUGUUGGCGCCGUGAAAUGGGGUGCUGCGUCGGCCGUCCUAGGAGGUGUAGGCUACGUCUUUUCGCCUAUAUACCGGGGUUUGACGGUCCAGUUCAAAGUAUACCUCCAAAUGUCCGGCAUGAUCGUUGGCAGUAUGAUUGAAGCCGAUUACCGCAUGCGGCAAUAUGAGCAGAGGGUGCGCAUGCAGCGACGGAUGGCGCGAGACCGUGCGCUCUGGGCGGAUUACGAAAAGGAGCUGGUGGAGAUAGAGCAAGAGAAGAAGUGAAGCCAUCGUCACCAGUACUAACAGGGAGACCGAGCGUACUGUGUAUCUAGGAUAAAUAACUCAACAAUUUUGUUACUUUUGAUUGUUGAUACUCGUGUCAGCUAUGUGGUAGCAAUCAAAUGGAACUCAUGACCUCGUAAACG